GUUUUAUCAUUUUUCCCACCUGAAAAAAAUUCAAAAUUAUUCCCCCAACUCAUUCAGUUUUGCAAUCACUCGUUCAUUAUUGACACUCAGUCUCGGCAGUUUCAGUUGGUACAGUGCGUGCAUAGCACACAGAACAACAGAUAAAUAGAACUCUCUACUGUUUUACCUCUCUCUUGUGUUUUCUCAUUCUUCACUACCGUUUUUCCAUUGCCUCUUUCUCAUUUCUUUUUCAAACCUCGAAACCAAACAAGGGUUUCCUUUUAUUCUCUCUCUCUUUUUUUUUUUUUUUCAUUUUUUUUUUCAUCUAUUUCACAGUCAAAUUUUCUCUUCCCUUCGAAAAGUUUCCCUCUCUGAUUCUCAGCAAAACCAUUCUUUUCUCCCUUGGAUUCAAAUUCCCUGGAAUUUCCAAUUCCGGGUCGUGUUAGUUUUAUUCAAGUGUUCGAAUGAAGUGAAGCAAAAAAAGGGCCCUCUGUGUUCUUCUUCUUCUCUCGUAGUUCAUGGCUACCCAUGAUUGUUUUUUGCUGAAAGUUGCCAGCUUGGUAACUGGGUUUUGCUGACCCAAGUGGUGGAAGAAGGAUAGAGGGAAGAAUCAUAGCGAUUGUUGAAGAGGUGGGGUUUAGGGUUUUUGUGGUGUUGUGAAUUUGUGAUUGAAAAUUGGGGUUGUUGGGUGCAUGAGAGGUAGAAUAGAAUUGGGUUGUGAUGGAUGUGGAGGAAACUAGGGAGUUGGUGUCUUUGGACCCAGAUAUGUUGCAGCUUCAGGAGGUUUCUCCUUUUGCACUGAAAUCGAGUCCUUAUGUUGCUGAGGAGCUAUUCUCACAGUGGCUUUCGCUUCCAGAUACUUGUCGCCUGGUUAAGUCAUUGCUUGCUGAUGCAAAGGCAGGAGCACCUUUUAAUGCACUUGAAAACUCAACAAAUACAAAUACUCUGUCAAGCAACUCUUUACCUUCCUUAUUUCCUGCUGGGAGUACACCACCACUUUCUCCACGCAGUUCAUCUGGUUCCCCACGUACCAUGAAACAGAGAACUAGUCCUUCUUCAUUAGGUUCUCCACUAAAAUUAGUCAGUGAACCUGUAAGGGAGAUUAUUCCUCAGUUCUACUUCAAAAAUGGACGUCCACCUCCAAUUGAAAUGAAAGAGCAUUUCCUGUUUGAGAUUGAUAAUCGAUUUUAUGGCCAUUUGGAUGGUCUACAAUUACAUGAAUUUAAGUCUGUUACGAAAGAGAUCUGCAAACUUCCCUCCUUUUUAUCCACUGCUCUUUUCAGAAAGAUUGAUGUCAAUUUUAGUGGAACCAUAACAAGGGAUCAAUUUAUUGACUAUUGGAUUCAGGGCAAUAUGUUAGCUAUGGAUUUAGCCACACAAAUAUAUACCAUACUGAAGCCACCAUAUCGAACAUACCUUGUACAGGAUGAUUUCAAACCUGUCUUGAAGGAACUCUUGUCUGCUCAUCCUGGGUUGGAGUUUUUGCAAAGCACGCCUGAAUUUCAGGAACGAUAUGCUGAGACCGUCAUACACAGAAUAUUUUACUACAUGAAUAGAUCAGGAAAUGGCCGACUUACCCUGAGGGAAUUGAAACGUGGGAACCUAAUUGAUGCCAUGCAGCAUGUAGAUGAGGAAGAGGAUAUUAACAAAGUUCUGAGGUACUUCUCAUAUGAGCAUUUUUAUGUCAUUUACUGCAAAUUUUGGGAGCUCGACACGGAUCAUGACUUUUUCAUUGAUAGAGAGAACCUUAUUAAAUAUGGGAAUCAUUCUCUUACAUAUCGGAUUGUUGAUAGAAUUUUUUCCCAGGUUCCACGGAAAUUUACCAGCAAAGUUGAAGGGAAGAUGAAUUAUGAAGAUUUUGUUUAUUUCAUACUUGCAGAGGAAGAUAAGUCAUCUGAACCUAGUCUAGAAUACUGGUUCAAAUGCAUAGAUUUGGAUGGAAAUGGAGUGCUGACACCAAAUGAAAUGCAGUUCUUUUAUGAGGAGCAGUUACAUCGGAUGGAGUGCAUGGCCCAAGAGCCAGUGCUUUUUGAAGAUAUAUUGUGUCAGAUUGUUGAUAUGAUCGGACCAGAGAAUGAAGGAUAUAUCACAUUACGAGAUGUGAAGGGCAGCAAACUUUCUGGAAAUGUUUUCAAUAUUCUUUUCAAUCUCAACAAGUUUAUUGCUUUUGAGACUCGUGAUCCAUUUCUCAUACGUCAGGAACGUGAGGAUCCAAAUUUGACAGAGUGGGAUCGUUUUGCACACAGAGAGUAUAUUAGGCUUUCUAUGGAAGAAGAUGGUGAAGAUUUAUCAAAUGCCAGUGGAGAUGUAUGGGAAGAAUCACUUGAGGCCCCAUUCUGAAAUUAAUUAGGUGAAGAAAAGGCUAUGGAUGAUUGUGCUUCUAAGAAUGAAUCUGUGCACUCUUAACUCUUGAAUAUGCAAAGCAGUAACACAAUUGAAGAGGCCUUGUUGGGGGUAGAUGUCUAAUAGUGUUGCUGUAGAGAGGUUCCCCUCAAAUCUGUUUUGUGAGAAACUAAGAAUAGCAAGUGCCUCGGACAGGGUGCGAGCUGCUGCAUAUUUGUUAUUCUUGUUCAUAUGCACAUUUCCUAGAAUUUUCCCUAUCAAAUUUAAUUUCUGUAAAAAAAUCUUUAAGUUUUUCUUUUCUUUUUUCCCAGUUUUCAUUGUUUUCAUGUUUUUUUUUUUUUUCCUUACAAAUUUUAUCACGAUUAAUUGUGUUUAUUAUGUUUGUUAUAUAGUGAAGAG